AUGGCAACUCAACUUCUGCAACUUCCCGAAGUGACAAGGCUCAGUUCCCGUGUUAUCCGAAUUCUGGGCGGCAAUCCAGGAAAGUUUACGCUCCAAGGGACCAACACGUACAUCGUCGGAACAGGCCAACAGAGAGUUCUAAUAGACACGGGUGAAGGACGCCCGUCGUGGAUUAAAGCCAUCCAGGCCGUUCUUCUUGCCGAGAAUGCAACAAUAGGUAGCACUUUAAUCAGCCACUGGCAUGGUGACCAUGUAGGAGGCAUAAAACACCUCCGAGAAGCAUAUCCGGCAGUGAAGGUCCAUAAACAUCGGCCAGAUGAUGGCCAGCAGAAUAUCUCAGAUGGCGAAGUAUUUAAAGUGGAAGGGGCAACAUUACGUGCCGUAUACUCGCCAGGUCACACCCAAGAUCAUAUGGCACUUAUUCUGGAGGAGGAGGAUGCCAUGUUCACGGCGGAUAAUGUUUUGGGGCAUGGCACUGCGAUCUUCGAGGACCUCUCAAGCUAUAUAACCAGUCUGAAGAAGAUGGAUACUAUGUUUGGCGGUCGAGCAUACCCAGGGCAUGGAGAUGUCAUCGACAAUGGCAGGGCAAGGAUCUCAGAGUACAUUCAACACAGACAACAGCGAGAAGAUCAGAUUCUUCAAGUCCUAAGAUCACCAAACCCAUCGGCAAAGGGGAGCAAUUUUGAGCAGAAAUCCGGCUGGGCCAGCAUGGAAAUUGUGAAGGUGGUAUACAAGGAUGUGCCAGAGCACUUACAUGUCCCGGCUCAUGGGGGGGUUAUGCAAGUUUUAUACAAGUUACAAGACGAAGACAAGGUCGUCGAGGACGAGUCAGAUGGAAACUGGAGGAUACCAGAAAAGGCAGCUUUGUGA